AUGGCGACGAUGCCCUCCUCGCUUCCCCGCCUCCUCUCUCUUCGCUUCCCGAGGCCCAACCCGCGUGGAUUUGGAAACCCUCCGCCUCCCCAAGCACUCGCCGGCGGCGCCACCUCCCUCGAAGCCAAGGCCGACCUCCUCACCCUCAUCGCCGACCAGGACAGGGGCCUCCGCACCCAAUCCGACCCGGCGAAGCGGGCGCGGAUCGUCGCCGCCAUCUCGGCCCUCGGCGAAAUCGGCGGUGGCCAGAUCACGACCGGACCCUCCCUAUCCGGGACGUGGAGGAUGCUGUGGACCACCGAGAAGGAGCAGCUCUUCAUCAUCAAGGGGACAAAGAAAGAAUUUGAGGAAGAUUAA